UCCAGGCAUCACAGACUGGGAGGAAAACCCAGGGGGUCAACCUGUCCUUGUCUUUGGGCAGGUCUUCCCCAGAUCAGAAGUAGCUGUGAAGAGCAGAAGGAAUGGGGCGGCUUUCUUCUCUGACCCUGAUGCGGAUGGUAGUGGUGGUAACCUCUUGGGUCAUAACAGCUGUCACCAUUGAGACCUCAGAAGCAAGAAGCUGCUCUGAAUGUCACAGCAAUGCCACCUGCAUGGAGGAUGGGGUUGCCACAACCUGCUCCUGCCAGGUGGGUUUCACCGGUGACGGCCUUACGUGCGUGGACCUGGAUGAAUGUGCCAUUUCUGGGGCACACAACUGCUCUGAGGACAGCAUCUGUGUGAACAUGCUGGGCUCCUACUUGUGCACCUGCCCUGAUGGCUUCCGCCUGAUGCCUGGGCUGGGUUGCACCGACGUGGACGAGUGUGCUGAGCCAGGACUCAGCCGCUGCCACGCCCUGGCCACCUGCGUCAACCACAAAGGCAACUACUCAUGCGUGUGCCCCGCUGGCUACUGGGGUGAUGGGUGGCACUGUGAGUGUUCCCCAGGCUCCUGCGGGCCAGGACUGGACUGCGUGCCUGAGGGCGACACGCUUGUGUGCGUAGACCCAUGCCAGGCGCACCACAUCCUGGAUGAGUACUGGCGCAGCUCUGAGUACGGGGCAGGCUACACCUGUGACUCAGGCCUGAGCGGCUGGUACCGCUUUGUGGGGCAGGGCGGCGUGCGCCUGGCCGAGACCUGCGUGCCGGUCCUGAGCUGCAAUACGGCUGCGCCCAUGUGGCUCAACGGCACGCACCCGUCCAGUGAUGAGGGCAUCGUGAGCCGCACGACCUGCGCCCACUGGAGGGGCCACUGCUGCCUGUGGGACGCACCUGUGCAAGUGAAGGCCUGUGCCGGCUACUACGUCUACAACCUGACCGCGCCCCCCGAGUGCUAUCUGGCCUACUGCACAGACCCAAGCUCUGUGUUGGGGACGUGUGAGGAGUGCAGUAUAGACGAGGACUGCAAAAUGGAUGAUGGCACAUGGAGCUGCCAGUGCAAACAGGACUUCAACAUCACUGAUCUCUCCCACCUGGAGCGCAGGCUGGAGUGUGGGGCCAAUAACAUCAAGGUGUCCCUGAGCAAGUGCCAGCUGAAGAACCUGGGCUUUGAGAAAGUUUUCAUGUACCUGCGUGACAGCCAGUGCUCAGGCUUCAUUGAGAGGGGAGACCGGGACUGGAUAUCUGUGGUGACCCCAGCCAGGGAUGGCCCCUGUGGGACAGUGAUGACGAGGAAUGAAACCCAUGCCACGUACAGCAACACCCUCUACCUGGCAGAUGAGAUCAUCAUCCGUGACCUCAACAUCAACAUCAACUUUGCAUGCUCCUACCCCCUGGACAUGAAAGUCAGCUUGAAGACCUCCCUGCAGCCAAUGGUCAGCACCCUAAACAUCAGCGUGGGUGGGACAGGCAUGUUCACCGUGCGGAUGGCACUCUUCCAGAGCCCUGCCUACACACAGCCCUACCAAGGCUCCUCCGUGACCCUGGCCACAGAGGCCUUUCUUUACGUGGGCACCAUGCUGGAUGGGGGUGACUUGUCCCGGUUUGCACUGCUGAUGACCAACUGCUAUGCCACACCCAGCGGCAAUGCCACAGACCCCUUGAGGUACUUCAUCAUCCAGGACAGAUGUCCACGCACUAAGGACUCAACCAUCCAGGUGGUGGAGAAUGGGGAGUCCCCUCAGGGCCGAUUUUCUGUCCAGAUGUUCCGUUUUGCUGGGAACUACGACCUGGUCUAUCUGCACUGUGAAGUCUAUCUGUGCGACACUGUUAAUGAAAAAUGCAAACCUACCUGCUCUGGGACCAGAUUCCGCAGUGGGGGCAUCAUAGACCAAACCCAUGUCCUGAACCUGGGUCCCAUCACACGGAAAAAUGUCCAGGCCGUAGUCUCAAGGGCUGCUUCCAGCAGCCUGGGGUUCCUGAAGGUCUGGCUGCCUCUGCUUCUGUUGGCCUCCUUGACCCUGAUGUCUCAGUGAUAGGCAGCUGGAAACCCUGUGCUCUGCGGCUCUCACUUCCUGAUGGCUGUAGGUGAUGCAGUUUAGUGCUCCAGCCACAGAAAAGAGAGCUCACACUUCAAUCAACCUGCUCCUCUUGCCCCGCCUUUGAUCCUUGCUAUUGCAAAACGGCCUGUAUCUUUAAAUUCUGCCAUCUCUCAAAAUGGGACUUGUGA